AUGGAAGAACAGGAGACUGCAGCCCAGGGGAAGGAGAACUACUUGGUGUCAUUUAAAAACUUCAAUUUGUUUCACUCAUUUACUGAUCUAGAGUUCCUAAAAGCCCUGGAUGACUUUGAAAUCAAAGACAGUGAUAUCUUUCUAAUCACUUACCCUUUUUCAGGAACAGUUUGGAGUCAGCAAAUAGUAAAUUUAAUUUUAUAUGAUGAGCAUCAGAAUGGAACAGAAAAUGUGGAGAAUUUGGAGAGAGCUCCGUGUCUGGAGUACAGCACAAACAAUAUAGACCUUGUCCACCGGCCAAGCCCCCGCAUAUUUAGUUCCCACCUGCCUUACUAUAUUAUGCCCAAAGCUCUGAGGAACAAAAAGGGCAAGGUUGUAUAUGUGUACCGAAAUCCAAAGGUUACCAUGAGUUCAUUUUAUCAUUUUACAAGACUCUUAACACAUCUAGAGGCAACAGACACAACGGAGGAUUUCAUGGAGAGAUUUUUAGCAGGGAAUGAUAAUCCCAGCAACCCACUCCCCUAUCUCCCAUCAGCUGAACUCUCCGGGCUGACCCUAAAGAAUCCCACCAUCCUCAUCGAUGCCAGAAUUUAUGCCAACUGCUGGUGCAGCUUCUACCUGAUGGGCUGUGGCUCCAGAUUUGUGCAGUAG